UAACCAAAAAAUCUUCGCUAUAGUAGAUAGAUCUAUUGGACAAUAUGGCUACGUAAACAAGCAGUUUUAAAUAAAUACCACUAAUUCAUUAGAAUAAUUGUAUAAGAGUAUGGCAGCCAACGAUAUUUAGUUUAGGAAUACAAAUCAAAAGGAGUGAGGUACAUAUGACACUUUGUAUGCAAAACCAUGGCAAAAUCUGCGCGCAAUAUAUUGAUCUGAAGUAAAACAACCCCUGGAACCGAAUUAUUCUAGUACCAUAUCAUACAAUAGUAACAGUUGAGUUAUUACUGCGUGAUUUAGUUACAGCCUUAUAAUAAUAAAACCUUUCUUCUGAAUAUUGGUUGGAACCAAAAUGUAUUAAAUCGGAAGAAUAUAUUCUACGCAACGCAACGAAAAGCUCUUUAGCCCCAAAUGCGCAAGUCCAAGUUACUUCAUUCAUUCCACGCCUCAAGUCAUCUUUACUCGUUUUAGCACUGUGCUUUUAUGAAAGCGCACAAUUUAAUGUACAAAAGAAUAAAUCUAGUGUUAUCUAUGUAUCAGUACAAAUGUAUUUUCUGCGCGUUUAACAAGUUUUUCACGUUUUCUUAAUGCGAAGUGUAGCAAAUUUUCAGUGAUAAUGAAUUCAAUAAAAACAAUGAGCAUCGGAUGAAGGGGGUCGUUGUUUAAUUAUGAUAUUAAUGAUUAAAAGUGAGUGAGACAGAAAAUGGGAAAUGACGCACAAGUAGAUAUACCAACGCACUCGAUUGAGCAGGCCAUAACUCGUACAAAGGAAUCGUGUAUUGUGAACAGGACUAUCCAAACUUUAAAUUACAAGGGACUGCUUUGGUCAUGUUCUCUAAGAAGGAUAUGUUUAAGUGCCCUCUGGCUUCCACUAGGUGCUUUAGUAUUUUGUUAUGUGACAGCGUCUAUAUUCCAGGCAGAUGAUAUCCAUGAAACACAUUGUAGGGUUUAUAAUGUAGUUCCAUCAAUAAGUGCAAUUACGGGGAUCAGCCCGCAAAGAUAUGUUUGGAGAAUAUGCAUUGCUUACCACCUAGGACCAAGACUGUUAAUAGGUUCUUUAUAUUACAACUAUCAUAGAGAGCGCACUUCUUAUAUCUUCGAAGAUAAGGUACGUAAUUUAGCUGUAAAUUUAGGAGAAGCUUGUUACUGGUUGAACUUGAUAGAGCUACUUGCACUUACAGGAGUUACUUAUGUUUCAAAUAGAGAAAAUUAUUUCGUGCACGAGAAGAUUUUUAUAAUAUUCAUGGUAGCAUCGCUUCUUCAUAUGCUGUGCCGUGCGCGCGUCGGCUGUCUAGCCAGCGACGUGGUGGAGCCAGUGAGGACGAACAAGCUCGUAUGGAUAUUGUUCUUUGUGGCCAUCGUCGCUACUAUUGGCCUUAUUGUCUUCUUUUUGAGACACAGAUUGCUUUGUCGACCACUUGCAUUCACGUGGUUUUCUAUCUGCGAAUACAUCCUUGCGACCGCAAAUAUGGCUUUCCACGCACUCAUCGUCCAGGAUCUUCCUGUACACGAGCUGCAAGUUGUGUGCCCCACAAGCAAGACCAACUAAUUUAAUAUUCUUAUAAAUAAGAAUCAGAAAAAAUGGUGUUAAGUUUCUCCGAUAGUUUUAACCAACGCAAAAACCGUUUAUUAUAAUACUUAUUAUGUAGAACGACCAAACUUUACGUAAAUCCGUUCUAAUAUAAAAUAUAUAAGUAUCCGGUAAUGUCAUUUUGUACGCGUGGGUCGUUUUUUAGACGAACAUUUUUUUCUGGGCUAUGAAUUUGGCUGGCAAAACUUCCUUAGUCCUCCAAUCAAAAAGCAUCAAACAAUCACAUACUGAAAAAUUCAGAACAAAGUAUAAAAGUAUACAGAAAACAUAAUAGCUCUAUCCUCAUGUUAAGUGUAAGGGAUUAGAGCGUCCAACUUAAUCAGCAAUAAUUUAGGAGAGAAAUAGAGUCCGAGCCCUUUAAGGCUCCCCUCUCAUUGCCGGUAAUAUGACAAUAAAUUUGCGCUGCCGCAAACUCCUAAACAUUUUGUUCACAUCCUCACUUAUCACUAUCAUAAAGUUUUGCGUUAAAGUUGUACUAAUAAAAUUUUCCAUUCUAAAUAUUUUUGGAACAUCGAGCCAAAAUCUGUCACUAUUAAUAGGGGAAUUUUAUAAUUGUCAACUAAAGAUAAUCCUAUCAUCUGCUAAGUUCCAUCUACUGCGCGGAUUUUCGCUUAUUAAUAUUCUUAGGAUAAAUUUUAUUUUGACGCCCAAUGUACCUAAUGUUUAAGUAUUAAUAUCUUAGGGCUUUCAAUAGAUCAUUAUACAUCUAGAUGAAACUUUAGCUGAUAAGUUUUGAUAUAAUUAUUUAAAUUGUUUUUAAAUUAAAUACUUAAUAGUAAAUUGACACAAUAUUAUAACGUUAUAAAUUUAUGAGAAAUAAAAUGUUGUAACGAGCAGAGUAGGUUUGUUGGCUUCUAAAAGUCUGUUCGAUGCAUACAGAUGUUUUUAUUUAUUAAAUUUAUUAAAAUUAAACCGCAAAUUUGGUGCUUAUGUUAUACCAACACCGAAUUUGCAACA